AUGUCUUUCUUCAAUUUUCGGAAAAUAUUCAAGUUGGGGCCUGAUAAGAAGAAGAAGCAGUAUGAACAUGUACACAGAGACGUUAACCCAGAGGAAAUUUGGGAAAUCAUCGGGGAACUGGGAGAUGGAGCAUUUGGGAAAGUGUUCAAGGCUCAGAACAAACAGAACGGGACCCUUGCUGCUGCCAAGGUUAUUGACACGAAGACGGAGGAUGAGUUGGAGGAUUACAUGGUAGAGAUCGACAUUUUAGCCUCCUGCAACCACCAGCACAUCGUCAAACUGCUGGAUGCUUUCUAUUUCGAAGGCAAACUCUGGAUUCUGAUCGAGUUCUGUGCGGGUGGUGCAGUGGAUGCCAUCAUGCUGGAACUGGAAAGGCCCCUGACUGAGCCCCAGAUCCGUGUGGUGUGUAGGCAGACCUUGGAGGCCUUAAUCUACCUCCAUGAGAACAAGAUCAUCCACAGAGAUUUGAAAGCUGGGAACAUUCUCCUCUCCUUGGAUGGAGAAGUAAAAUUGGCUGACUUUGGGGUGUCUGCUAAAAAUACCAAGACGUUACAGAGAAGAGAUUCUUUCAUCGGCACUCCAUAUUGGAUGGCCCCAGAGGUGGUAAUGUGCGAAACUUCCAAGGACCGUCCAUAUGACUACAAGGCUGACAUCUGGUCCCUCGGGGUAACCCUGAUAGAGCUGGCGCAGAUUGAGCCACCCAACCACGAGAUGAAUCCCAUGAGAGUGCUGCUGAAAAUAGCCAAGUCCGAGCCACCCACGCUCAUGCAUCCCUCUCGCUGGUCUCCAGAAUUCAAGGACUUUCUGCGGAAAGCACUUGAUAAGAAUGUGGACAAUAGGUGGAGCUCAGUACAGCUUCUACAGCAUCCUUUUGUCACCAGUGUAACUGACAGCAAACCUCUCAGAGAGCUCAUCGCUGAGGCCAAAGCUGAAGUCACAGAGGAGAUUGAGGAUAGCAAAGAGGAGGAGGAAGAGGAGGAUGAACCUGAUACGCCUGUGGCGGCUCCUGGGCACAAGCGAGCACCAUCAGAUGCCAGUGUGGCCAGCUCAGAGGAUGACAAAGUCCCACCAACUCCGUCUGUGCUGGAAUCUGUUACAGAAAAGAUGGAGGUCGAGCCUUCUGAGGAUCGGACCAGUGAUAAGCUCUCUGAUGAAGGACUUGGAACGAGUGAGGUAGACAAGACUGAGGAGGAGAAACUCAAUGAGGUGUCUGAGGCCAGUAAUGAAGACCUGGUGCCUGGACUAAUAGAGCCAAGCAAGGACUUGGUAUCACAAACUCCUGCAGAGCCUAAAACAGAAGAUGGUCAGGCUGAGGAGAUUGCUGCUGGGCCUGUAGUAUCACAGCCAGAGGAACCUGCAGAUACAGCGCAUACCUAUGAACUUAUAACAGAUGGUCAAGAAACAGAAGAGGAACAGAAGAUGCAAGAAGAGAAAACAGUGGAUGAACCUACAGCAGUAACAGAAGAAGAUAAAGAACCUGAGAAGGUGAAAGUAGAAGAAGAAGAAGCAGUUACUGAAGAAUCUACAGAAUCUCAGGAGCAACCUGAAGAUACAUCAGAAGUGCCUGAAGUGACACAAGUAGAAGAAGAAAGCAAAGAACCAGAUCAGGAGAUGCCUCAACAAAAAGUGACAGAGGACACAGUAGACACAGCUGAUGGCACAGAUGUAGAUUUAAACACAGAAAGUAAAGAAUCGAAUGUAAUGGACACAAACAUAAAUGGAGACACUGACACAAGGUCGAGUGUGGAUGAGUCCCCUGCUGAGGUUUUGUUGGAGAAGGAGGCCAUAGAAAGUCAGCCAGAGGAGAAACCUGAAGAUGAGGCCCCUGAGGAGGCAGAGAAGCCCGAACAGCCUGAACAUGACAAUCACCCCAGAGAGGAAGCUGAAGUGGAGGAACAGGAACCAACUGAAUCCACAAAUGGAGUCAAAGAUGAAGCCAAGGACAUCUCUGAGGAUUCAGACCAAAUGGACCCAUGUAAAGAUGUGCCUGUGAAGGAAAGCGAGGAGAAAGUUACUUGUCCAGACGAUCACACCUCCCAAGAUGCUGUCUCGGUCCCAGAGAGUGAAACGGAUUCAGAAAGUAAGAACGAGCAUGGAAGUCCCGCUGUAAUCAAGCCAGAUGUGGAGAAGGAUUCUGACUCUGGAAGCAGCUCUGCUGCUGACAGCAACAGCCUUGACCUCAAUCUGUCCAUCUCCAGCUUCCUGUCCAAGAGCAAAGAAGGGGGAUCUGUGUCUAUACAGGAGUCAAAACGUCAGAAGAAGACUCUGAAGAAGACGCGUAAGUUCAUGGUGGAUGGUGUGGAGGUCAGCGUGACCACGUCCAAGAUAGUGACAGAUAACGACACCAAGAAUGAAGAGAUGAGAUUUCUGAGGCGGCAGGAGUUGAGAGAGCUGCGCCUCCUGCAGAAAGAGGAGCAGAGGGCACAGCAGCAGCUGAGCAACAAGCUGCAGCAGCAGAGAGAGCAGAUCUACCGGCGCUUUGAACAGGAAACUACUGCUAAGAAGCGUCAGUAUGACCAAGAAGUGGAGAAUCUUGAGAAAAAGCAGAAACAGACCAUUGAGCGACUGGAGCAGGAUCACACCAGCCGGCUCCGAGACGAAGCCAAACGCAUAAAAGCAGAUCAAGACAAGGAGCUUUCCAAGUUCCAAAACAUGCUGAAGAACCGUAAGAAAGAGGGCGAGUGCGCUGUGUGCUCUCCUCCGCAGGCAGUGGCCCAGGUUAUGAUACAGUCUUUUCAGUUGUCCUCAUGCGCACUCUUCAACGCUCAGAUGCAGGAUGAGCAGGAGUUCCUACAGAAGCAGCAGCAAGAGCUGGACGGAGCUCUGAAGAAAAUCAUCCAGCAGCAUAAAGUGGAGAUAGCCACUAUUGAGAGAGACUGCCUCAACCACAAGCAGCAGCUGAUGAGAGCUCGAGAGGCAGCCAUGUGGGAGUUGGAGGAGCGCCACCUGCAGGAGAAGCACCAGCAGCUGAAGCAGCAGCUCAAAGACCAGUACUUCCUGCAGAGACACCAGCUGCUGAAGAGGCAUGAGAAAGAGAUGGAGCAGAUGCAGCGCUACAACCAGCGGCUGGUAGAGGAGAUGAAGAACAAGCAGACUCAAGAGAGGGUUCGUCUGCCCAAGAUACAGCGCAGCGAAGCCAAGACCCGCAUGGCCAUGUUCAAGAAGAGCCUCCGCAUCACCGCCACCGCAACCGUCACCCCAGAGCAGGAGAGAGAGCGGAUAAAACAGUUUGCUUCUCAGGAAGAAAAGAGGCAGAAGAACGAGAGGCUGCAUCAACACCAGAAACACGAGAACCAGAUGAGAGAUCUGCAGCUGCAGUGUGACUCAAACAUCAGGGAGCUGCAGCAGCUACAGAAUGAGAAAUGCCACCUUCUGAUUGAACAUGAAACUCAAAAGCUGAAGGAGCUGGACGAGGAGCACAGCCAAGAGAUAAAGGAGUGGAGAGAGAAGCUGAGGCCCAGGAAGAAGGCGCUAGAGGAGGAGUUCACACGGAAGCUCCAGGAGCAGGAGGUCUUCUUCAAGAUGAGUGGCGAAUCCGAAUGCCUUAACCCCACCACCCAGAGUCGAGUAUCUAAAUUCUACCCCAUACCAAACCUGCACAACUCUGGUUCAUAGCCUCGUGUCUGUCUGUGCUAUAAAACAUAGUCCCGUCAACCCGGGCUGCACUCUCAGACUCCUUCUGGUGGAGCAGCAUUAUCUCUCUAACCGUUACUGAUAAACACAAAAAUGUCUUCAACUGCUUUGAUUCCACCUUUAGUGAGCAUGACGUGCCUACACACCGUUCCCUCACUUAAUCAGAUUUUCUCGGCUCGCUGGGAGACGUCCAGUGGACAUAUGCACUUUUUUGAGCAUGUUCCAAUUCAUUAAAAGUCUGCAGUUGGUCUCUAAGGCCAAACGUGCUGACCAGAUUAUUGUAAGCACAGCCUGCUACAGCGUAAACAAUCUCCAGUGCCUCAUGUUUUCUUUUUGUUCUGCAUUUAGGCUCUUCUCUGGGUUUUUUUUUUAUGGCUUGCAGUAAAUAUUAAGCCCCCUGAAUGUCUUGCACUUAAAUAACUGGUUAUCAUUUCCAACCGUGAGCACAAGAUGUCGAGAGAUUAUUUGAAUUAUUUCGCAUAAACUGUCGCUUAGGCCGAAGCUGAGAUGUUAAUUUGCCGCAUGUAACGCAGAGCUUAUUGAAGGGAGAUGUGCUGAAGAGUCCGUGGACUCAAAAGAAAAAGUCUGUAGUUGUAAAGCUUUGUAAUGUCUGUGUAGUCUUGCGUGCCCAGUGUCUAACGUCUUUGCAGGAAUCAGAAACAGUGCCAUGUUGAGAUCAUAAGUGGAGAACGUUCAAAUUAAAAGGACUGUACUGUGUUGUAAAUGAAGCGCUGAGUGAAAUGUUACAUAUGUGCACCUACGUUGGAAGUUUAAUUACAUACUGUGCUUACCGUGAGGACUUUACAGUCUGAAGAACAAAAAUCCGUCCAUGAUUGCAUUUCACUGACUCCCAAAACUAAACUCAGAGGUGACCUGUUACUUCCUGGAGAAAAGAAAAAGUUUUUUUUAUUAUUAUUAUUAUUAUUAUUAUUAUUAUAUAUAAAAUAAAUCACUUUACCUUCUGAGAAUGAGACUGAGCAGUGGCCUCACAAACAAACGCUCUGUCAUGAAAUAUAAAGACAAAUGAAUAUGAAAGGAAUGUAAAGCUGUUGAUUUGCACUGUUUUGCCACUUGAGCUAAAGAAAAAAAAAAAUAUGCAGUAGUGAACUGUCAAUGUGUUUUUGACAGUGAGUCACCUUUUGUCUCACCCAAGCCUAUUUAAACUCCAAACCGACCGAAUUGUUUCAACAUUUCCGCCUGUUUGGUUUUUGGGUUUUUUUGUAUUUUAUGACCAUAUCUAGUUUUCUGAACAUGUAUUCCUGACGUAUCGAUGCUGUAAUCGCUCUUUUUAAGUGAGCUUUCGCCCUCGUUGAGACCGGUGUUGUAUGAAAGACAAAAUGCUGUAUCUGUAACUAUAUGAAUUUCAGUGUGUGCGGAGAUGUCCUUCGCUGUGUUUUAUGAGCAAAGUAUUGACGGUUCACAAAAAGAGACUGACUUCGAGAUAACCAGAUUAGUUUAUUUUCGCCACAUCAGUGCAUGUUAUCAUUCCUGUAGGCUGACUUUAACCUUGACCCGUGUUUCGUCAUGAAUGCUGGAUUUUUAUUGGGGUUAUUGGAGACCGUGUCUUGUGAAUUACACCAUAAGCCCCAUAGAUUUCAGAUAUUUUUUUAUUUUGUUAAGUUACAGCAUUUUGAUGUGUCAUUGAUCAGUCAUUCUACCACAAUGAAUAUUCUUAGUAUAUGCAUUUUUGAUGUCAGAUCAAAUGUAUUUAAAGUGUCUUUAGAAAUGGACAUUUUUGCUGUAAAUAAAAUUGACCGUUUAAUUGACAUUGCAAA